AUGGACGAUAAUCCGCCUCGUGAGGAAGAGCGUCUUCCAAGGCCUCAGGGUGUGAGGGGUACUCGGGCAGGUGCAGCAGCCCAGAGGAAGCGGAAAGCAUAUCAGCAAUAUAUCUUUCUGCGCGAUCAGGAUCUGGGCAUUUAUACUGAUCCGUCCGAGAUUCCCUUCCGUCGCCCUGACGGCUCUACUCGAGCUGUGGUGCGACGUCCGGAGACGGCUCCAUUUCAGGCUGUGGAAGAGCAAUCAGAAGUGAUCGUGAUUGACGAGCAGGAAUCGGAGGAAGGUCUUGAGCUGGUCCCGGAAACUCCGCCUCCUUCUACGUCUUCGGGCGAAGACAGCUGCUCCAUCACUUCCACCCGCUCCUUCGUCAUCGAGCUCUUCAAUUCCGAAGCUUUCACCGACUCCAAAACCUUCGUUGACUCCUUCAGCUUCACUACCAUCAGGCAUUCCGGCUCCAAAGACUCCGCCGAAGGCUCCGCCUCGUGGAGCUACAGAGCCUGUGCGAGCUCCGCCAUCGUCUACUCCAUCUUCGUCAAGUGUGCCAAGGUGACAGAAGCUCCUCGUGUUAUCGACUUCCGUUCCCUUCAGACAGAGGUGCUGGACUUUGAGGGCGUUAAGGUGAAGCUUACUGAGCCGGCAUUUGAGAAAUUCUCUUUCGCCUUGAGCUUGGAUUUUCACGGAGUGUUGGAUCGCUAUCACAACAAGUCGACGAGCUGGACGGAUCCAAGGCCUGAGUUUCCUUCGGAGUGUUUGACCGCCUUGCGCGAUCUUCAUUCGUUGGUUCCGCGCUACGGGGGUUUAUUCUUCGUUUGCAGUUAUUGUCACCACGAGGAUACCAAGAAGCACGUGGUUGAGACAACAGUGAACUCGUGUGAUACAUUGUUCACUCAGAUCGGGGAAACGCCUCUUUGCCUUAUCUUCAUUACGAGGAAGGCCACGGGCCCGUUGGGGAAACGAUCAGUGCUAGAGAAACUCUCAAAGGAGAUUGGUUUUCCCAUUAUUCACGUCGACGACUCCGCAGACGUCUGCGACGAACUGGCGGGUUCCCAGCACGUGGUUCCUCUGCAUAUUGCUAUUAGGAAGAGAUCCAGAGGAGGUCGUGGGCAGCGCACUAUUUUCCCGAGUGCUCCCGUGCCUUCCUUUGACAGCUUUCCGGAGUGUGCUGGGGCUAUCAGGGGCCAAGUGCAGAAGUGGUUCCCAGACGCCUAA